CUGAAGAUAGCAGCUAGCUGGGAGCUCCGCGCACACACCGCCAUCGUCCUGUCCUGCAUUUGUUCGUGCCAUCCGUUUCUCGUCCUGCGACGGCCCCAGUGCCUACAUGCAACGAGAUCAGAGAUGGUGUAUGAGCAGGACCGCGGAAACCACCAUCAGCUGCCGAGGUUCUGCACCGCCGGCGCGGCCCCCGGCGUGGCGCGGGCGUCCAAGAAGAGCAAGCCCAAGAAGGCCCCGCAGCGCGGCCUCGGCGUGGCGCAGCUCGAGAGGAUCCUGAUCGAGGAACAGAAGAAUAUGGAGGAGGGACCCACCACCGCCAUGCCGGUAACGACGAGGACCGCGCACCUCGGCCCCCUCCUCCCGAUGCACCCUCCUCCUCCUCCGCCGCCGCCGCUCUCGCUCAGCGCCCUGCCGAGGGACGCCGGCGUGCACUGCGGCUACGACCCGCCGGUGCUCUGGGACCCGGCGGCGGCGGACCCUUUGAAGCACCCGUACAAAAAGAGGAGCCUGUGCCCACAGCCUCCACCACUUCCCACGGUACGUGCCGCUAGCUUCUCCUCUUCUUUUAGACGGUCGGGAUUGACGACGAGGCAACAGUGCCAUGGGCAGGUGAGCACGGCCUUGUCGCUGACGGUGUCCACGUCGACCCACCCAACGGAGCCCCCUUCAAUGUACAGCAGCAGGAGCAGCGCGCCGCCGCCGGCCGACGAGGACGACAGGGAGGCGGCCGGCGUGGAUAGAUUCUGUCCCUUCGUGUUCGAGGGCCCGAACCCGGCCACCUACCGGACGACGGCGGCGGGCAAAGCGAGUUUCGUCGCCAGGACCAGGAGGACGAGAGAGGCCGCCGGCUUCCCUGGUGUCUGUCCUGAUCCUGACCUGAGCAGAUACGAGCUCAGAGCCGCAAACUAUUUCAGGCAUAGGCAUGGUUUUGGUUGGGUCUCUGUUCUGUUCCGCAGCUCGAGCGCGAGUUACUCCGAGUGGUCGUCAGAGCUUGCCCGCCACAUCAAGAGCAGCAAGGGGAACGAGCACGAGCCUGCCUGCUGCUACCUCACCUUGAACGCGCAGCCGCCGCCUGCGCCACGCGUGAAGCAGCCGGCUGCGCUCCCCCCGAAUCACCGCCCGGAGCUCCGCGACUUCGGCGGCGUCACGCAGCCUCAGCACGGGAGCGCUUCAGCGUCGUCGUCGCGGCCGUUCUACAACUUCAUGCCGCUGCCGGUUGGUCCAGUUCGCUGUGAGAGGCCCCUGAGCGAGAUCAAGGCCGACGUCUCCGACGGCGUCGACCUGGAACUGAAGCUGUAAGGAGCGCAUAUAACUGGAACCCUCACUCCCUCUGUUGUAUGUUCCUUCCUGCAGCGGGAACAGCGCUCGUCGUCGUCCAGAAGAAGACUGUGGCGGCGUGUUUGGUUUUGUAACCUGAAACACCGCCAUGUGCAUCAGAAUCUGCGUUCGUUGCAAGAUUUUUUCGCUCCCAAUAAACGUCUGGCCGGUGAGGGAUACCUAGCCAUCCUACUCUGCUUGUUUACCGCCGGCCUGUGCUGUGCCUGUGCGUGCAUGAUCGUGUGCAGGAGAGAGUCGCCAAGAGAAGCAGUGUUAGAUCAGAGUGGUUGUGCAGUGUUGAACAGGCUCUCGGAAGGCUCGUGCACGAUCGGCAUUACAGGCUUGCAGGUACCCUGUGGGGUCUUUUCUGUAAUAGAUCUAGCUAGCUAGCAAGGCAUCGUGGCCCGGAUAGUUAGACAGAUGUAUGCAAAGAUGGGUGUAGAUGUUCUGUUUUUUAAAAACAUACUACAUCCAUUCACAAAUAUAUGAUAUUGUUGACUUUUUUUCCAACAAAUUAAGCACUUGUAUUAUACA